AUGACGAACCCCGAAAAGCCCACCCCAGACGCAAACGCCCUCAUCUCCUCCCACCCUUCCACCACCGGCCUCCAGAUCUCCCUACACCCUCUGGCCCUCCUCACAAUCUCCGACUACAUCACCCGACACACGCUCCGCAACGGGUCCGGCCCCAUCCUCGGCGCCCUCCUCGGCACCCAGCAGGGCCGCUCAAUCGACAUCGAGCACGCCUACGAGAUCCUCCUCCUCCGCACAGAUGACCAAAUCUCCGUCGACGAGCCCUGGUUCAUAGAGAAGCUCAAGCUCUUCAAAGAAACCCACGGAACCCUCGACCUCCUCGGCUGGUUCACGACCACCCCGUCCCCGACUUUCGCCCCCUCACCCUGGAUGGUGCAAUUCCACCGGCAGCUCCUCCCCUUCAACGAGUCCCUAAUCCUGCUCUGCCUCAACCCGUCCCCCAGCGCGUCCGUCGGCGGCGGCGGAACGCUGCCCCUCGCCAUCUACGAGAGCGUGCUGGAGGCCGACGACACCGCCGACGAGGGCGCGCCAAACCUCCUCUUUGUCCCGCUCAACUACACCAUCGAGACGGGCGAGGCCGAGAUGAUCGGCGUGGACUUUGUCGCGAAGGGUGGGUUCGGGAAUGCGGCGGCGGAGCUGUCGGGGCUGGAGGGGACCGCGCAGGGCGCUGCUGCUGCUGCGGGCGCCGCGGAGAGUAAGGAUGGCGCGGCGAAGAAGGUGAAGCUGUCGGAUGAGGCGCAGCAGGGGAAGGGGAAGGAGAAAGCGGAGGAGAAGGAGCCGGAGGCUCCUGUGGUCAGUGCUGGGACUCAGAACGAUGAGCUACUAGCAAACCUCACCGCAAAAGCAAACGCAAUCCGCAUGCUCCACUCCCGCAUCAAGCUCCUCACCACCUACCUCUCCAACCCUCCCCACCCCGAACCCAACCACCAGCUGCUGCGCUCGCUCAAAUCCCUGACACACUCGCGCCUGCCGCUCCUCACCCCCGCCGACGCAAAGGGCUUCCGGCAGGAGCAGCUCUCCGAGCAGUCCGACGUGCACCUCGUCGCCCUGCUGGGAACACUCACAAAGAGCAUCGAGGAGGUCCGCGGCGUCGGCAAGAAGUUCUGGGGCAUCGAGCAGACGGGCAAGGCGAACGCCGCGGGGCGCAGCGGCGGCGGCGGCGGCGGCGGCGGAAUGGGCGAGUGGUCCGAGGGCCGCAGGGGGGAGAGGAGGUAUGCGGGUGGUGGGUAUGGGAAUUUUUAG